UCCGCGCCCUGCGUGCCGGCUCCUGCUUCCUCGCCUCCUACGGUCUCAGUUACCCUCCGCGGAGUGGGCGCGCGGAGUGCACGGGAGAGCAGGAGGCGUGGUGCAAGGGAGAACGGAUGUGUGAGCGGCCCCCCGGACCCCGAGCUUGGACCCUGCCGUGACAGGCCCACACCAUGCGAAGCCUCCUUGGCGCGCUCUGGCUCGCUCUGGCUUGCGGCUCUGCUCACGGCACCCUAUCGAAGUCCGACGCCAAAAAGGCCGCCUCCAAGACGCUGCCGGAGAAGACUCAGGUUGCGGGCGCGCCCGUCCAGGAGCGGGGUCUGGUGGUGACAGACCUCAGAGCCGAGGACGUGGUCCUUGAGCAUCGCAGCUACUGCUCCGCGAAGGCCCUCAGGAAGCACUUUGCCGGGGACGUCCUGGGCUACGUCACUCCAUGGAACAGCCACGGCUACGACAUCGCCAAGAUCUUUGCGGGCAAGUUCACCCACGUGGCGCCCGUGUGGCUGCAGCUGAGGCGGCACGGCCGCGAGAUGUUCGAGGUCACAGGCCUCGACGACGUGGACCAAGGGUGGAUGCGAGCUGUCAGGAAGCAGACCAAGGGCCUCCGCAUAGUGCCUCGGCUCCGGUUUGAGGACUGGACGUACGAGGACUUCCGGAACGUCCUGGACAGCGAGGACGAGAUAGAGGAGCUCAGCAGGACUGUGGUCCAGGUGGCCAAGAGCCAGCGCUUCGAUGGCUUCGUGGUGGAGGUCUGGAACCAGCUGCUGAUCCAGAAGCACGUGGGCCUCAUUCACAUGCUCACCCACGUGGUCGAGGCGCUGCACCAGGCCCGGCUGCUGGCCCUCCUGGUCAUCCCCCCCGCCAUCGCCCCCGGGACCAACAAGCUGGGCGUGUUCACGCACAAGGAGUUUGAGCAGCUGGCGCCCCUGCUGGACGGCUUCAGUCUCAUGACCUACGACUACUCCACGGCGCAGCAGCCUGGCCCCAACGCACCGCUGUCCUGGGUGCGGGCCUGUGUCCAGGUCCUGGACCCCAAGUCCCGGUGGCGGAGCAAGAUCCUGCUGGGGCUCAACUUCUACGGCAUGGACUACGCAGCCUCCAAGGACGCCCGUGAGCCCAUCAUUGGGGCCAGGUACAUCCAGACGCUGAAAGACCACAGGCCCCGGAUCACGUGGGACGGCCAGGCCGCAGAGCACGUCUUCGAGUACAAGAAGAACCGCGGCGGGAGGCACAUCGUCUUCUACCCGACGCUGAAGUCCUUGCAGGUGCGGCUGGAGCUGGCCAGGGAGUUGGGCGUCGGGCUGUCCAUCUGGGAGCUGGGCCAGGGCCUGGACUACUUCUACGACCUGCUGUAGGCUGGGCCUGGACCGGCCUGCACAAUAAAGACUCUUCUUUGCCUUC